GGCAAGGUAGUCGUAGAACUUUUUGACAGUGACAGAUAGUUGACGUUUUAUCGUUUUAUUUUCAUAUUUACUAUGUGAAUUAUUGGAAAAUUUUCCAUAAAUAUUCCUUUUGAUAUCAAUGUAAUGGAUCUACCUGGACAACUCGGUUAUAUGGUUUUAAACGAAGAAGGCGCCGUAUUAUCCUCGGUUGGAGAUUUGGAAAAUGACGAGAAAUUCGCGAAUUCUAUAAUGGGAUUGUUAAAUAUCUCGUCGCAGUCCGAUUUGUGCGAUAAUCCCAAGGGCUUCAAAAAGAUUUCCAUCACCUACGAGGACCACUGCUACAUCGUGUGCUUGUCCAACAGAAAAAUCCAUAUUGUAAAGAGAAAGUUCUAAUUCUUGGCAGGCUAUCGAAGAAAAAACUUUCCAAUGAAUGUUAUAUUGUAUUUGACUAAAAUGAAAUUCAUGCAAAUGAUUAUUCUCGUAGGUGGGAUUUGUUUUUCCACGUAUCUACUUUAUAGUCAGUUACAAAGCAUGUAGUCCUUUGUUCUGAUAAAGGUAAAUUGCAAAUUAGAUUGUUUUUCACACUAAAAGGAUGUUGAAACUUUAUUAAUGUGUCAUUUACCUUCCAAUUUCUAGCUCGGCUAUUAAAAUAUAUGUACCUAAUCUAUAUGUAAAUGUUAAUGUAUAUUGGAAUAGAUCUUAAAUCCUUUCUGUGUCCACAAAACGGACUUGUUAUAUUAUUAAAUUUCCCCAAGUUUCUGUAACUAAUUUACACUUACCUGUUUAUCUAAUCAAAGAAUUAUUUUUCUACCAAAGUAUCUAGUUGAAAGGUUUUCUUCGAGUUUACUACUCAUGUAACUUGUUUCACUCGGCAAAUGUAUAUCGAAUAGGAGUUGAAAAUAUUUUUGCGAAUUCCAUUCCAUUUAGUUUUGAUAUUGUACAAUUUUUAAUAAAUGUAUCGCAAA